AUGGCAAAGGCAGCAGUCACCGGACGCAAUCUUUCCCUAGUUCUGUGCCUUUUCCUUCUACUGAGCUGUCUGGGAUCUUCCCUGUGGGCCAAUACACACUCUCUUCGUUGUGACAUCAUUGUCAAGGUUCGUACCACAGCUGGACAGCCCUGGUGUGAAGGACAGUGCUCACUGGAUGGAGUGCCAUUCCUUAAGUAUAAUAACAGCAAAUUCACACCUUUGGGUAACAGGGGAAAUGCAGUAAAUGGGACUCAAGUGUGGACAGAUAUAACCCAAAGGUUGGACUACUUGGGGCAAGAGCUCAGGAAGAUGUUGGCUAACUCCAUACAAGAGAUGACCAAGACCAGUGGUCAGCCCACUUUACAGGCCACCAUGCUUUCUCAGUAUGAACACGGACAAAGUGUUGGUGCCUCCUGGAGAUUUAACAUCAGUGGAAAGUACUCCUUCCUCUUCAACACAAUGAAUAUGAACUGGAAACUGAUUGAUCCUGAAGCUGGUGGUAUUAUGAAUCAAUGGAAGGAUGAUACACAAUUCAUCAAAGAUCUCAGGACAAUUUCCACAGCAGACUGCAGGCACUGGCUCAAGGAACUCUUAAAGCACCCAAAGGAAAAGCCAAGAUCAACAUCAAGGGUUCAAGAUAUAACCCAACUUCCAUCUGCCAUAAAUACCACCCAGCUUCAGCAUGAGAAAGUAUUUAUUGACAUGGCAUCAGUCAUUGCCAUCAUAUUACCUUUAGUUGUUGGGAUUCUUGUGAAGAAAUGUUGA